AUGCGGGAGAACUAUGAGACGCUGGUCUCCGUGGGGACAGCUGAGCUGCUGCCCCUCUCUGCUUUCCUGUCACCUACUGAGCCUGGAGGAUCCAUGGAGGGAAGGAGCCUUGUUGCUGAGAGGCAGGAGCCUCCUGGUGGAGGAGGCCCCCAGGGAGGACAGCCCCGGCACAGCCUGCACCUCACUGCCCUGGUGCAGCUGGUGAAGGAGAUUCCAGAGUUCUUGUUCGGGGAAGGCAAGGGCGCUGUGGACAGCCCCGAGAGUGGGGCGGCUGGCCUGGAUGGGGAGAGAGCGAGCCCAGAGGCUGCUGUGGCAGUGGAACCUUGCACCCUUCGAGGCCUGCUUAGCUGCCUUCCGGAUGCCCCCGUCAGCCAUCCCUACCUGGCCACCACGCCCACCAGCAGCUCAUCCUCCAGCAGCCCACAUAGAGAUGGGGAGCAGGGAAGCCCCCUUCCCCUCAAAACUGCUGACAAACCACGGCCUACAGGGCAAGAAGGCCCAAGAGCCCCCAGCGAGGAGCCCAGUCCUCCCACCUGUAGCCCCGGAAGGAAAAAGAGCCACAGAAGGCAGGAGAGAGGGACGAUGGAGACAGGAACCUCUCCUGGGAACAGCCCCUUGCAAGGCCUCAUCAACUGUCUGAAAGAAAUCCUUGUGCCUGGGCCCCAGCACCCUGAGCCAUCCCCAAACUUACUGCCCCAUCUCCCCGGCCUGGGUACAUCAAGGCCAACCAGAGUGGAGUUGAGCCUUGGGAGCCUGCCCUCGGGAGUGAAGACAGAGGCAGUGUCAGGGGAUUGUCCCCUCCAGGGUCUGCUGAACUGUCUAAAGGAGAUCCCAGAGGUCCAGGAUGGGAAUCCCAGCCCCUCAGGAGCAGGGGACCCCAAGCUGCAGGAGGACCAAGGGGCCUGGAAAAGGAAUUUUGGAGAGGCGGCCAGGGAGCCUCUUCUGACUCUGGGCCUGCAGGGCUUUGCAAGAGAUGGCCCUGACCGACCCCCAGGCCCCCAAGGCACCCCCGCCAGCUUAUCUUCAUCCAGCAGCACUGACGGGGACCUGGAUUUCAGGAGCCCUGGGGGGAGCGAGGGGCAGCGGAAUGGAAAAGGAAGCCCAGCAGGAAGCUCCCCACUCCAGAGUCUAGAGAACUGUCUCAAAGAGAUUCCUGUGCCCAGGUUGCAGUCUGCCUGGUCCUGCUCAGCAGUGGACAGGGGACCGAAGAGAGCAGAGCCCAGGAACUGGGUGGCAGACAAGGAAGGACUGAGGGGCGAGGCCUGCGAGCCGCCUCACCUUGGACAGGGCAGGGCAGAAGUGCCCCCCAGGAGCCUCCCUCUGGCCAGCCCACAGGCGUUCUCUGCUGGCUUUGUCCCUGCCUGCCGCCAGCGCCAGCAGGGGUUCCAAGACCAUGCGGCACCCAGGCUGGGAUCAUGGAGGUGGCUCCCAGACGGGGCAGCCACCACACCCUCCCCUCUACACUGCCUGGAGAGCUCUCUGAGGGUGAUCCUGCCCGUGAGGCCGCUGCGCUUCUCCUUCGUGGCUGGCCCCGGUCCCAGCCCCAGCCCCGGCUCCAGCUCAAGCUUCAGUAGCUCUGAUGGAGAAGACCUGAGGCUGGAGCCCGAGCUCUGGCAGCCUCUCCCCCAGAGUGAGCUGCACCCCAGGCCACCAUUCACUGCUCUGAUGCCAGAGAAGGACCGCCUUCUCAGCUACAAGAGUCCUGGCCCUGUGUCCCCAUGCUCUGGUGGGCCCCCCACUGGCAGCAGCAGGAGCAAUAGCCAUGCUGAAGACCCCAGGAGAGCAGAGCACAGGGACUGCAGCAGUCUCAGUGCAGCAGGACAGGCAGAAGAGAGUCUGGGAAGCAGGUCCCAGUUGCCUGGGAAAGAAGAAAGCGUGGAGAGCAGCUGCCACCCUGGCCCCCUGGGCAGUGCCACAGGAGGCGGAGGGGUGCCUAAGGAUCCUGGCCCUGCUUCUCAGCUGGAGAAAAGGCCAAGGGCUGGUGAAGAACCCGAGGGUCUGGAGCCUGGGCACAGAAGGCCCAGUGUUGCAGCCAGGACCCAUAGAAGGCUGCUCCCCAGGGCCCUACCUGAGCCACCCAGCAAGUCUCUCCUGCUGGAGCUGCCCCCUCCUGCUGCUGUCUCUCCUGCCUCAUCAGCCACCUCCCUACCGCCACCAUGCCCCUGCGGGAAGCCCCUGCGACAGGAGCUGCACAGCCUUGGUGCUGCCCUUGCAGAGAAGCUGGAUCGGCUGGCCGUGACCCUGGCAGGCCUGGCCCAGGAAGUGGCCACCAUGAGGACCCAUGUGGAUCGGCUGGGGAGGCGCCCACGGGGCCCUGGGCAGAAGGGCCAGACUUCCUGGUCUUGGACCCUCCCCCGGGGACCUCGCUGGGCCAAUGGCCCUGGUCACAGAUACCUGCCCUACUGGAGACAGAAGGGCCCCACGAGGCCUAAACCAAAGAUCCUCCGGGGCCAGGUGGAAGGCUGCAGGGCUGGUGACCCCCCAGGACUGUCUAGAGGGAGGGGUCACCUGAUGCCUCAGCUGCCUUCAGAUCCUCCCCCGGCAGAAAUUUCUGGGCCCAACUGCAGCCCUUCCCAGCAGCCUCCCUCCUCAGCACCCAGCUGCCAGGCUGUGCUGACUGUAUACCCUCCCUUCGGACACACUGGGGGCCACCAGAGCCCCGUUUCUCCUUCAGUGCCUGCUGCCUUACCCCCCCAGAUGGCCUCUCCUCCUGCAGCCAGUGCAGACACAGAUCCAUUGGCUGCAGGAGCAGCACAAGCUGGAAACCCAGACCAGCCCAAGGAGCCCAACAGCCUGCUGGGAGGAGUCCAGAGAGCUUUUCAAGAAGGACUCUGGGCUGGUGAACACAGGGACCCGAGGUGGGGGGCCCAUUAGCCUCAUUCUUCAGCAGGAUGCAGGAGUGGCCCCAAUGCCCCUUGGCCCCACCCAGGCCAUCCUGUUGCAGGGGCCAGCUCCCUCCCCACCUGCUCCACUGACCCUUCCAUUGCUGGAGUUCUGCCCUUUGCCCUGACGGCAGGCAAGACCCCCAGAUGGUGUUUGCUCAGGCGGCCACUGUGUGGGGUGCAUUCCUCAGCCACGCCUCUGGCUUUCUUGGCUCAGGUUCAAUCACAUGUACCUCCCCAUCCUGUCCUUCCCACUGGAACCACCGAAGCUCUCAGAUGGGUAGUGUGCACAUGUGCACACCAUGCAAACACAGUGCUCUGUGCAGCUGCAGAGUGGCCCCGAGAACCCCUCUUUCUAACCACCUGCCGCUCCUGGUCUCAGCCCUGUGAAGGGCUGGGCUCUCGGCUUUCUGGAAUAACUGCUGGCACAGAUUUCAUUUUGGGAGAACUCUGCCCCUUGGUGGCAUGUGCAGACUCAUCCCCACUUCAAGUGCCUGGUGGGGCCAUCUCAGAGUGACCCAGGGAACCUAAAUUAAAGAAGUUAGUUGCCGAGGAAA